AUGUCUCGUGCAAGAAAGCUUGCUAGAUUAUUACCAUCGGUUGAUGAACCAAUAAUCAAUAAUGAGGUAUCAUCAACUGACAAACUAAAUGAUGCUUCUAGUGUAGAUAUUGUAGAUAAAGUGAGAAAAAGUCGACCGACUCCACCACUUUUAAUACAACCUGCAGGGAUAACGGCAACGCUUCCAAAGAUUCCACAUAGGUUUACACAGCCAGAGGAUCCACGAUUGUUGAAAGUUGCUGUUUUAGGAACGCCAAAUGCUGGAAAGUCAACUUUAUUAAAUGCUUUACUUGGAGAAGUGAUAUCAGUAGUUUCUGAUAAAGCUCAUACAACUCGAGAAAGAAUUUUAGCAGUGUUGUCUGAAGGAAAUACGCAAAUAUUGUUUUUAGAUACGCCAGGAACUGUUUUAAGUAACAAACGCACACGUUUGAAUCGUGGUUUAAUUAACGCAUCAUGGCAAUCAUUGAUUGAAGUUGAUCAUGCCUUAGUAGUAAUAGAUGCACACAGAGCAGCUUAUCAUAGCACCUAUAAUGAAAGCUGUUUAUUUGAUAGAUUAAAUGAUUAUGAAUUGCCUGUUACUUUGGUAUUAAAUAAGACGGAUUUGUUAGAUAAUAAUGAUCAGCUACUUCAAAAUAUUUACCACAACUUUAAAAAAAGUUGUCAUUAUUUGAAGGAUACGGUAAAUAUAUCUGCAUUAAAAAAACAAGGAUUAGAUGUGUUAAAGGAACAAUUAUUUUCUUAUGCAUAUCCACAAGAAUGGGUUUAUCCAGCUGAAACAAAAUCUGAAAUGGCAGAUCUGAAGAAAGUUGAGGAUUUUAUACGAGCAGAGUUUUUAACUUCGUUGCGUAGUUACCUGCCUUAUAUCAUUAAACAGGAGAAUGUAGGAUGGACUGUAUUAGAAGACGGUUCAUUACGAAUAGAUCAAGUUAUUUAUGUAGAACGUGAAUCGCAAGAGAGAAUUGUUAUAGGAAAGCAGGGAUCGGUUAUAAAAGCUGUUACAAGAAGAGCAUGUAAAGCAAUGGUUGCAGCAUUCAAAAGGCCUGUAAGAUUGUAUUUAACUGUGAAAGUAAGAAAUGAAGAAAAAAUUAGAAGAUCCAUGUGA